AUGGACCAGUCAGUGGCCAUCCAGGAGACCCUGGCUGAUGGGGAACAUUGCGUCAUCAUAUCCUUCCCUGCAGCGGUGCAAGGUGUGCUGUGUGAGGGUGACAGCAGGCAGAGCCGCCUUCUGGGACUCGUGCGCUACCGUCCGGGGCGUGGUGGCCAGGAACACGCUCUCUUCCUGUAUACGCACCGGAGGAUGGCCAUUACCGGGGACGACGUCUCCUUGGACCAGAUUGUGCCAGUCACUCGGGAUUUCACGCUGGAAGAAGUGACCCCGGAUGGUGAGCUCUACAUUCUUGGUUCAGAUGUCACUGUCCAGCUGGACACAGCAGAGCUCAGCCUCCUAUUCCAGCUCCCCUUUGGUUCACACACCAGAACGUUCCUCCAGGAAGUCGCCAGGGCCUGUCCAGGUGGUUCUUCCUCUGAUGAGCUGAGACCAAAUGGGAAGGGCCUGCCUGUGGACCAAAGCUCCUGGGGUCAGAAUAAACCAGAAAACUCGCUUUCAAGACAGAACAAGUCCAAAUCUGAAAUAACCAACAUGGUUCGCUCCUCCACUAUCACAGUAUCAGACAAGGCUCACAUUUUAUCCGUGCAGAAGUUUGGACUGCGAGAUACAAUCGUGAAAUCACAUCUAAUACAGAAAGAAGAGGAUUAUACCUACAUCCAGAACUUCAGAUUUUUUGUAGGAACGUACAAUGUGAACGGACAGUCCCCCAAGGAAUGCCUCCGGCCCUGGCUCAGCCAUGAUACCCAGGCCCCAGAUGUGUACUGUGUGGGGUUCCAGGAGCUUGAUCUGAGUAAGGAAGCCUUUUUCUUCCAUGAUACCCCAAAGGAGGAAGAGUGGUUUAAAGCUGUAUCAGAGGGUCUUCAUCCAGAUGCCAAAUAUGCAAAGGUGAAGCUCAUCCGACUGGUCGGGAUUAUGCUGCUGCUGUAUGUCAAACAGGAGCAUGCCGCGUACAUCUCAGAAGUGGAAGCUGAGACAGUGGGGACAGGAAUCAUGGGAAGAAUGGGUAACAAAGGGGGCGUGGCCAUCCGGUUCCAGUUUCACAACACCAGCGUCUGCAUGGUCAAUUCCCACCUGGCAGCCCACACGGAGGAGUACGAGAGGAGGAACCAGGACUACAAAGACAUUUGUUCCCGAAUGCAGUUCUGUCAGGUCGACCCAAGCCUGCCCCCUCUCACCAUCAGCAAGCACGACGUGAUCUUGUGGCUGGGGGACCUCAACUACAGGAUAGAAGAGCCGGAUGUGGAAAAAGUGAAAAAACUCAUCGAAGAGAAGGCCUUUCAAACCCUGUAUGCAUAUGACCAGCUGAGAGCUCAGGUGGCUGCGAAGGCCGUCUUCGAGGGCUUCAGUGAGGGCGAGCUCACGUUCCAGCCCACCUAUAAGUAUGAUACUGGCUCCGAUGACUGGGAUACCAGCGAGAAGUGUCGUGCUCCCGCCUGGUGUGACCGGGUCCUCUGGAAAGGGAAGAACAUCACUCAGCUGAGCUACCAGAGCCACAUGGCCCUGAAGACCAGCGACCACAAGCCCGUCAGCUCAGUGUUUGACAUUGGGGUGAGGGUCAUCAAUGAAGAGCUGUAUCGGAAAACUCUGGAGGAGAUUGUUCGCUCCCUGGAUAAGAUGGAAAAUGCCAAUAUCCCUUCCGUGUCCCUCUCUAGGCGAGAGUUCUGUUUUCAGAAUGUGAAGUACAUGCACCUGCAGGUAGAGUCCUUUACCAUUCGGAAUGGACAGGUGCCGUGCCAGUUUGAAUUCAUCAGCAAGCCUAACGAGGAGUCCUACUGUAAGCAGUGGCUGCGAGCCAGCCCCAGCCGAGGCUUCCUCUUGCCAGAUUCUGCCGUUGAGAUUGAAUUAGAGCUAUUUGUAAAUAAGACCACAGCUACAAAACUCAACUCGGGUGAAGACAAAAUCGAGGACAUUCUGGUUUUGCACUUGGACAGGGGAAAGGAUUACUUCUUAUCUGUGUCUGGGAACUACAUGCCAAGCUGCUUCGGAUCGCCCAUUCACACGUUGUGCUACAUGAAGGAGCCAAUUUUGGACUUGCCGCUCGAAACCAUUAGAGAGCUGACUCUGAUGCAACUCCAGACUGAAGAUAAUGGGAGCCAAUUGGAGAAACCCAUGGACAUCCCCAAGGAGCUCUGGAUAUUGGUUGAUUACCUGUACCGAAAUGCCAUCCAGCAGGAAGAUCUGUUUCAGCAGCCAGGCCUGAGGUCGGAAUUUGAUCAUAUCAGGGACUGUUUAGAUACUGGGACGAUUGAUAACCUCUCUGCUAGCAAUCAUUCCGUGGCUGAAGCCCUGCUGCUUUUCCUGGAGAGCCUGCCAGAGCCUGUCAUCUGUUACAGCGCCUACCGCAACUGCUUGGAGUGUUCCAGCAACCUCACAGCAAGUAAACAGGUCAUUACUACCCUUCCUGCGUGUCACAGAAAUGUCUUCACCUAUUUGAUGGCGUUUUUGCAAGAAUUGCUGAAAAAUUCAGCAAAAAACCAUUUGGAUGAUAAUAUUCUAGCCAGCAUAUUUGGUAGCCUUCUGCUUCGAAACCCAGCUGGUCACCAAAAGCUUGAAAUGGCAGAAAAGAAGAAGGCUCAAGAAUUUGUUCACCAGUUCCUCACUCACCCCGAGCCUCUCUCUCUCCUCUCCUAUUCUGCCUGA